AACAACGACAACACACCCACACAGACACACAGAUCUGUGGAUACCGAGACAAGACUUGAUCAUAUAUAUAUAUAAUAUAUUAUAUAUAUAUAUAUAGAGAUAUAAACACACACCGGGAGUCAACACUGAAACCCAACGAUUAAAAAGGCAACGAAUAGAGCUAAGCCACAAAGGGAUCCCUGAAAAAGCACCAGAAACCAGCAAUCUGCAACCUUGAAACCCUGCAAACCUGCAACCUACAUCCUGUAUCUAGUCUACUACAUCGUCAAAACAAAAAUCUACCGAUUAGCCGUAGUUUGUAAGCCGCUUGAUGAAUAUUGGCCAGGAGAAGCAUUCGCACUUGCAUCCGCAUCCUCAGCCUCAGCCACAGUCCAGCAGUCGCAUCGCAGAUCCCGUGCAGCAGCAGCAAGAAAUCCCUGUUGCCAGUGGAGGAGGCACUGCCACCGUUUCCAGUUCCAACUCCAGUUCCAGCAGCAACAGCACAAGCAACGCUCCCGUGAUUACCGUCAGUCCUUCAGCAUCCUACCUGCUCGGCUAUCAUCACUACCAGCUGCCCGGCCAUGAGCGGCAUCAUCCGCUUCCGCUCAGCAGCCACCAGCAGCAGCAGCAGCAACAGCAACAUCCGCUCCCGCUUGCCCAUCCGUCGCGGGGCACCGCCGAGCAGCGCCUGAGUCCCGUCGAACGGGAUUCGGGACCCGCAUCCUUCCCGAUGGUGAUGACCUCCAGUCGCCGCAGUUCGCCACCCCUGCCGCCGUUGACAUUACCGCUCCCGCUGCCCCUGACGCUGCCGCUGCGUCAUCCGCUGGCCCUGAGUCACGGUCACAAUCCGAAUGCCAGUGCCGGCAACGGCGGUGGACAGCAGCAUUCGCCGUCCAGCCGCUCCAGCCAGACGCAGUCGAUGAGCGCACACUUUUCCCAGCUGGCCCAUGCCCAGCUCCAUUUGCAGAGUCAGCUGCAACAGAAGCUGUCGGCGAGUGCCCGGAAUAGUUCUAGUUCCGGUACGGGUUCCGGUUCUGGUCCAGGAUCGGGCACGGGUCCAGGGAGUGGUCCAACGCCAGAGAAUCCGCUCAGCGAUUUGCAGAAUAUGCAACCAUUUGAUUUUCGCAAAAUUAGCUCCGCCUCAUUGGGAGCCUUUGCCGGUCCAUUGCCCAGUCCCACGGAGUUUGCCCACCAUCAUCAGCAGCAUGCCCAGCAUCAGCAUCAACAGCAUCAGCAUCACCUGCAUCGCAGCAAUCAGUUCUUUAGCGCCAUGGCAAUGGCAUAUCAUCUGCCACCGCCACCGCCGCCGCCACCACCCCUGCAUCCACCGGGCUCGGACACGCACUCUCCACCGCCGCCACCACCGCCGCCGCAUGGUGUGUCCCAGUACCCGCAUCCGCAUUCGCAUUCACAUCCGCAUCAGCAUUCACACACGACCGCCGAGGAGGGUGGCGUGGGUGGCAAAAGGAGUGGCGACAAGGUCGCUGGUGGCGGUGGCGGUAGCUCCUCAUCCGCCUCGGGCUCUGUGUCGGGUUCUGGUUCGGGUUCCAAUUCGGGCUCGAAUUCAGGCUCCAAUUCCCAGCGAAUGACCCGACUGGCGCUGUCCUCGAAUCUGAGGGCCAGCAGAAAGACGCACUCUCCAGGAGGAGGAGGAGGAGGUGGUGGCGGCGGAGGAGGAGGAGGUGGUGGUGGUGGCAAGCGGCAGUGGGGCUCCAUGCCCGCCAAUUUGGGUACUCAGUUCAUCAAUCCUGUGACCGGAAAGAAACGCGUUCAGUGCAAUGUCUGCUUGAAGACUUUCUGCGACAAAGGUGCUCUAAAGAUUCACUUUUCGGCCGUGCAUUUGCGGGAGAUGCACAAAUGCACUGUGGAUGGUUGCAGCAUGAUGUUUAGUUCGCGACGUUCGAGGAAUCGUCAUAGCGCAAAUCCAAAUCCCAAACUCCAUUCGCCGCAUUUGCGGCGCAAGAUCUCGCCACAUGAUGGACGCAGUGCCCAGCCGCAUCCGUUGCUUUUGCAGGCACCGAAUGGCCUUAUGGCUGGACUGGCUCCCUUUGGUAGCUUUCCGUUGCUGACGCCGCCACCGGAUUUAAGGCAUCAUGCAAUGGGAGGUGCUUCUGCCGGAGCCGGAGGAGUGGGAGCUGGAGCUCUGGAGCUAAAGCAUGGUCAGGAUUAUCUGCAAAGAUCCUACCUAGAUGCGGGACGUUAUGAGGGUCAACGCAGGAAGCUGCAGCAGGAGCAUGAGCAUACAGAGGAUGAGGAUGAUGAUGAGAUACUCGAGGUUGGCAUCCAUUUGGGCGACGAUGACGAUGAUGAUGAGGACGAGGCCGAUGCCGAUGCUGAUGGGGAUGAAGACGAUGACGAUGAUGAUCCCGAUGGCAUUGUGGUAGUGGGCGAUGAGCUGGACAGCAUAAAGUUGGAGCAUGAAAACGAUCAUGAGAAUGAGCAUGAACUCGAUCAUGAUCGGGAACAUGAUGAUCACGAGCAGGAUGAGAGCGAUGAGCGCUCCGCUUCGGCCAUUUCUGGCCACAGUCAAACCAAAGAGCUGCCCAGUUCGGUCAAGGCGGCGGAGGAGUGCCUAAGUCACUCGCACACCCAGGCCGCAGCCCAUAUCCAUGCCCAUACCCGCGCUCACCAUGCUCAUCCCCAUGUCCAUGCCCUUGCCCAUGAGCAUGCCCACGUCCAGGCCCAUAUCCAGGCUCAUGCUCAUGCCCAGGCUUUGGCCCAAAUGGCGGCCAAUAAGCGGAAACGUAAGAGCCAAAAUCCAGUACGGUGUCCGGUGCAAUCGGAUGAGAAUUCUGGUGACAAUUCGGUGGAUUACGAUGUGGCCGCCGAUCUGUCCAUUAAGAAGGUGCGUCUGCCCAUGCAGGCCGCCGCAUCAGCCAAAGAAACGGAGGUGGGUGAGUCCACCAAAUCGAUACCCUCACCACCGCUCACACCUUAUGGUGACCUCAAGCCGACUGCUCUGGGUAUCAAGACGGAGCAGGAUACCAGUGGAGAGCAGGAUCAGGAGCGGGAGCAGGAGCGGGAAAAAGAAAGUGAACGAGAGCACGAACUGGAGCCAGACCAGGAGCAGCUGGAGGAGCAGAAGAAGAGCACCAACAGCAACACGUUGGAUCUGUCAUUGGGUGCAGCCAACAUUAAGAUGGAACCCCUGGAUGAGUUGAGCUACGAAGCGGAUGAGAAUCGAUAUCUGCGCAUUAAGCAGGAGCUCAUGGGUGGUGAUGAUGAGGAUGAAGGCGUCUGUAGCAGCAGGAGAACUCCCAGCAAUAAUAACAACAAUAAUAACAAUGAGCUAACAGGUGACACCCACAGGAAGGGCGAAAAUGGAUUACGCAGCGAGACAGAGGAGCAUCAGAUCCCUCACUCCGAGCCAGAGUCUUUAAAGCCAGAACUGGAGCGGGAGCAAGAGCCUGAACCGGAGCCAGAGCCUGAACCUGAGCCAGAGCCGGAGCCCGAACCCGAUCCCGAACCCGAGGUGCCCAUCGAUAAGGAGAAUCCGUUGAAAUGCACUGCCUGCGGCGAGAUAUUCCAAAAUCACUUCCACCUGAAGACUCACUACCAGAGCGUGCAUCUGAAGCUCCAUCACAAGUGCAACAUUGAUGGCUGCAAUGCAGCAUUUCCCUCCAAACGGAGUCGAGAUCGGCACAGUUCCAAUCUCAAUUUGCAUCGCAAGUUGCUCUCCACCAGUGAUGAUCAUGGAUUGCUGCCCGUACUGCCCACAGAUCCCCUGCUGGAGUUAAUGAGUCUCAAUCUGAAUAAUAACAAGGGUGGUGGUGGUGGAGGUGGUUGUGGUGGUGGUGGUGGAGGCGUUGCAGGAGGCUUUGGUAAUCCAUCAGCAACGGCAGCUUCAUCUGUGGGCGUUGGUCCAGCUGCAGUGGGUAGCAUCCAGGCGGAGAUUUUGGCACGCAUCUGUGCCGGUGCUCAUGCUCACGGUUUGAAUGUUCCACUCUGCUUCGAGGCACUGCAGCAUCGUUUUGCUGUGGGACAUGGUCAUGGAUAUCCACUGGUGGAUGGAUCACCAGAUCCUCGACUGUUGCUCAAUCAUGGCGGUGGUAAUCCGCUGCUCUUUGCCGGCCUGCCGAGACUGCCACGGUUUCCCCAAUUGACGCCACAUCUGCUGGCCACCGGAGCCGGAGCUGGAGUUGGAGUUGGUGUGGGUGUGGGUGUCGGUGGGCUGAGCCCGUUUUGUAGACGCACUUCCUCCGAUUCGAAUUCACAGCAUUCAAUAACACCGCCAGCGUCUAACCAGAGGCCACACUCACGCUCUCGUUCACCCUCCAGGUCCGGUUCCGGUGGUUCCCGCUCCCCGAGUAUCCGCAUUCGCAGGCGGCGGUGGGUGGAGGACAUGGGGUGGGCUUGGAGGAGGUGGGACAGAGGCAGAGCCCCGAUCGCAUAUCAUGACCGUGUACCUCGUAUUAUGCCAAGGCUUUGGCAUUUUAUCAUUAGAUCCACGGCCGAUUUAGAGUGGGUUCAGAGGCAUUAUCAGGCUACUCAUAAUAGGACUCUUAAGGACUCUAAGGCAUUGCUCAUUUCGCAGGAGAAGGAGGAGAUUAAGGAGGACUUGGCUCACGGAAUACGAAAUACUUUCACCUAGGCUACUGCUAAUAUAAAAUAUUAGAUGGAACA